UCCAGCUUGGACUGAAUGUGCAGCCUUAAUAAAACUCACAAGGCUCCCAGAGAAAAUUGCAGUUAUACAGCAGCUUGUGCAGAGAGAAGGGACCAGGCUAUGCAUGUGCAGAGGGCUGGCUAAUCUCUAGACUGCAAAUGAGAGGAAACAAUAGAUUCUGCCUACCAUGCACUAAAUAUAUCUAUUGGAGCUGAAAAGAAGAUAUCAAAAGGUUAAAAUAAAAUUGUGCAACUGAAUCCAACUGCCUGCAACAUACAUAGUUUCCCAACUUUAAAGCAGAAAUGGCAUCAACAUUUUUGCUAGCUUUUUGGGCAAGUUUGUUAUUUAACAACAUUAUGGGCAAUGUGCAAAGAAAAGGGACAGACAGCAAUGGAAGAAGAUUUAGCCGGAUUCAGCAUGGUCAGUGCACAUAUACUUUUAUUCUGCCUGAGCAAGAUGGGAACUGUCGAGAAAGUACAACAGAGCAAUAUAACACCAAUGCUUUGCAAAGGGAUGCUCCACAAAUGGAUCAAGAUUUUUCUUCCCAGAAACUGCAACAUCUGGAACAUGUGAUGGAAAAUUACACUCAGUGGUUGCAAAAACUGGAGAACUACAUUAUCGAUAAUAUGAAAUCGGAGAUGGUGCAGAUGCAACAAAAUGCAGUUCAAAAUCAUACGGCCACAAUGUUGGAAAUUGGAACCAGUCUACUCAGUCAAACCGCAGAACAGACAAGGAAACUAACAGAUGUAGAAACACAGGUGCUUAAUCAAACUUCGAGGCUUGAAAUUCAGCUGCUGGAAAACUCCUUAUCUACUUACAAACUUGAGAAACAGUUAAUCCAGCAAACUCAUGAAAUUAUAAAAAUACAUGAAAAAAACAGUCUUCUUGAGAACAAAAUCAUAGAAAUAGAAGACAGACAUAAAGAUGAGCUUGAAACUAUAAAAACUGAAAAAGAAUCAUUACAAGGACUUGUCUCCCGGCAAACGCACAUAAUACAAGAGCUGGAGAAACAACUUAACAGGGCGACUAAUAAUAACAGCAUUCUGCAGAAACAGCAACUCGAGCUUAUGGAUACAGUACAUAAUCUGGUUAAACUGUGCUCAAAAGAAGGAGUGAUAUUAAAGAAUACAAAAAGAGAGGAAGAAAAACCAUUCAGAGACUGUGCAGAUCUUUAUCAUGCUGGAUUUAAUAAAAGUGGCGUCUACACCAUAUAUAUUAAUAAUGUAUCUGAACCAAAAAAGGUUUAUUGCAAUAUGGAAACAGCAGGUGGAGGGUGGACCACAAUUCAACAUAGAGAAGAUGGAACUGUGGAUUUUCAGCGAGGUUGGAAAGAUUACAAAAUGGGUUUUGGCAGCCCAUCUGGUGAAUUUUGGCUUGGGAACGAGUUUAUCUUUGCAAUAACCAGCCAAAGACAGUACUCACUGAGAAUUGAGUUAACGGAUUGGGAAGGCAAUCAUGCACAUUCACAGUAUGACAGAUUUCACAUAGGGAAUGAGAAGCAGAAUUACAGGUUGUACUUAAAAGGCCAUAGCGGAACAGCAGGAAAACAGAGUAGUCUAGUCUUGCAUGGGGCCGAUUUCAGUACGAAAGAUGCAGACAAUGACAACUGUAUGUGCAAAUGUGCUCUCAUGCUUACAGGAGGUUGGUGGUUUGAUGCUUGCGGCCCUUCAAAUCUUAAUGGGAUGUACUAUAAUGCAGGACAAAAUCAUGGAAAACUGAAUGGAAUAAAAUGGCAUUAUUUCAAGGGUCCAAGUUAUUCCUUACGAGCAACAUCUAUGAUGAUUCGGCCAUUGGACUUUUAAUUCAAUAUCAAAACAAUGGAAUACUGUUAAUUUUUAAUAACUCUAUUUCAAUCAGCCAAUUAUGGGACUUUACAAAAAUGUGUUAAAAUGCCCCUUUUACAUGGUUGACUGAAUUUAAUACCAUGGUGGUUUAACUCAACUAACAAAAAUCAGUAUAGAUAAUGGAGAAAACCUUGGACAUUUUUAAUUUGGAUUGUUAUAUAUGAAUUUACUUUACGCGAUUGCAUGUGAUGCCCUUAAUUAAAAAGGCAAAAAUGACAUUGGAUAAGAGUGGGUCGAAGAUAUCAUCAAAUCAAUGGAUUCAGCAAUCAAGAACAAUGGAUGGAUAAAGCCCAUAAUGCAUUUAUAAAACACAAAAAACUGAAAAACCAUGACUAUGCGAUUGGAUUGGUCAUAUUUGAAUUGGUUACUCAUAAUCAAUAUGUGUUAAUAUAAGGAACUGACUCUCUUUUUUUUAAAUAAAUCAGCAACAAUUUUAUUGUAAAUAGUGAACUGCAAAGAUACAGUUUAUCAUUUUGGAAAAGUUACACAGCAUUUAAAACAAACAACGAUUUUUGCAUCUUAAAACCUUACUUUGGAGAAUAAACAAAAUUAUUUUUAUAUUGCUUCAAAUAUCUAUAUUCACUAUUGCUUAUUAAAAAUAUUAAAGAAC